CCCGGCGCUCCACCCCCGAGCCGGGCUCCAGCGAGGGAGACUUCCGGGAAGGAGGAUGGUGGGCGAAGGCGGUCCUGCUGCCGCUGCAGCCUUCGAUGCGGCAGAAAAGGCCCGAGGGAAAUACGCGGCCCUCUCCUUCGCCACCAUGGCGAUCGUGGUGGGGCUUCCGCUCUGGUGGAAGACGACGGAGACCUACCGAGCGUCCCUGCCUUAUUCCGAGAUCGCCGGGAUGGACGUGCUGCAGUUCCAGCUGACGGUGCCCGUCUCGGUCGUGUUUGCCCAGGGGGUGCUUUUCGGGGCUCAGGAACGCAAGCUCCCCUUCAAACGCGUGCAGGAGGUGGAGAUUCCCUUGAACGCCAAGACCAGCGUGACCUCCCGCUAUGAGGUGUCCUACCGCCGGGCGAUUCCUCAAGAGGAGGCGAUCCUGUCCCAGGCGUCGCUCCGUGAUGCAGAUGCCAGACUCCAGCCAGCCCAGGCCACCCCUGCCGGCUCCAUCACCGUCUAUGUGGUCCCACCUACGUCUCACCUCCUGCCACAGGAGGUGAAGGUGUACCUCGGCCAGCGACGCAGCGCCAUCCUGAAGGCCCCUCAGGGGGCGGACGAUGUGCUGGCAGCCGUGGACGCCAGCGUGCAGGAGGUGGCGCACUCCAUGUCCUUCACGCCAGAGUCCAUCGGGGAAGCCCUGGCAGACCGCGUUCCCAUCAUCCAGCCGGGAGCUGAGUGGAAGCGCCCCUUCAAGUCCAGUCUGGGGUAUGAGGUCACCUUCAGCUUGCUGAACCCAGACCCGAAAUCCCACAGCGUCCACUGGGACAUCGAGGGAGCCGUCCGGCGCUACGUGAAGCCGCUCCUCCACAAGCUGAGCUCGGUGGCUGAAUUCUCCGUGGACUCCCAGAUCCUCUACUAUGCAGCGCUGGGGGUUACGCCCCGCUUUGACCCCACCUCCUCCAGCUACAGACUGAGCAUCCACAGCCUCCCGCAUGUCAUCAACCCCGUGGAAGCCCGGCUCGGUUCCAGCACUGCCUCUCUUUACCCCGUCAUCAACUUCCUGCUCUACGUCCCGGAGCGCCUGCACUCGCCUCUUUACAUCCAGGACAAGGAGGGGGCCGCCGUCCCUACCAACGCUUUCCACAGUCCCCGGUGGGGCGGGAUCCUGGUCUACAACGUGGAGCCUGGAGAAGAUGAUGAUGGCGAGGCCUCCCAGCCAAGGAGGGUGGAUGUCGACAUGGUGGCGGUGAUGGAGGUGUUCCUGGCUCAGCUCCGGCUCCUCCUCGGCAUCUCUCCCGGGCCACUUCCAGAGGCGGCUCUCCUGGCCAACCCCGGGAACGAGGGCCUGACCGACUGGGAGCUGGACCGGCUCCUGUGGACCCGGGCGGUGGAGAACGUGGCCACGGUCUCCACCACCCUCACGUCGCUGGCCCAGCUGCUGGACAAGAUCAGCAACAUCGUGAUCAAGGACGACGUGGCUUCGGAGGUGUACCACGCGGUGGACUCCGUCCGGAAGGCGCUGCGGGAACUGGAGAGAGGGGACCUGGAGUCGGCCUUCCAAGCCAGCAAAGCCGCCGUCACCUCCUCGGAACGGGCUUUCUUCGACCCGUCCCUCCUGCACCUCUUGUACUUCCCGGAUGACCAGAAGUUCGCCAUCUACAUCCCGCUCUUCCUCCCCAUGGCCGUCCCCAUCUUCAUGUCGCUGGUGAAGAUCUUCCGGGAGAGCAGGCGGAGCCGAAAGGAGCAGACCAAGAUGGACUGAGGCCCCCCCCCCGGGUCCCUGUUGCCGCAGGAGAACAGCUGGAGCAGAGAGGGGUUGGGGGGGUGGAGGAAACCAGAGGCGGGGAGGAGGGAUCCGCUGGAGUCCAGAUCCCUCUGGACCACCAUCCCCAUAUGAAAACGGAGGGUAAUGUUGCCAACUUGGUAGGUGUCCAGAGUAUUUAUUUCCCUCCCCUGUUUUUGCUGGUGCUUUAAAAUAAAGGCAUUGUUGCUCUUU